GUGUGGCAGACAUGAUUUCUCAACGCGUCUGUCUUUUCCGGUUAUCCGGUAGCGUGUGCGAGGAUGAAGCAAAUUGUAACAAGUCAAACCGUGAAAAUACCUAAGGACUUGACCGUUACGGUCAAGUCCCGUUUGGUAACUGUCAAAGGACCGAGGGGUGUUCUUAAACGUUCUUUCAAGCAUCUUGCACUCGACAUUCGUAUGAUUAGUCAAAGGCUACUGAAAGUAGAAAAAUGGUUCGGCACGAAGAAAGAAUUAGCUGCUGUGCGUACCGUCUGUUCACACAUAGAAAAUAUGCUUAAAGGUGUAACUAAGGGCUAUCAAUACAAAAUGCGAGCUGUAUAUGCUCACUUCCCCAUCAAUUGUGUUACCACCGAAAAUAACACGGUCAUUGAAAUCCGUAAUUUCUUGGGGGAAAAAUACAUUCGUCGUGUGAAGAUGGCACCAGGCGUGACCGUUACAAAUUCAGCUAAACAAAAGGACGAAUUAAUUAUUGAAGGAAAUUCGUUAGAAGACGUUUCCCGUUCUGCUGCCUUAAUACAGCAGUCUACAACUGUAAAGAACAAGGACAUUAGGAAGUUCUUAGAUGGUCUCUAUGUAUCUGAAAAAACAACAGUUGUACAAGAAGAAUAAAUAUUAUACACAAUUUAAA